UGUCAGGUAGUGUUUCCCAUUGAAGCUCAACUCUCAAGCAUCAAUGCCCAAAUUCUCCGACAUCUCCUGCUAGCUCAUCUCGAACGCAGCUACCAAUAUCGCCAUGGAGCACAUCUGUUCACGAUGCGCGAGACUUGGUCUCAGAGCACGACCAACACUCCCUUCCAUCUCGUCGCUUGCCAAUGCCAGAAGUUUUUCAACCUCCCAGAUCUCCGGCGCCGAAGGUGACUCAACUCCGCCGAAACGCCCAGCUGGUUCUCCUCAAGCCCGACCUGCCGGCUCAGCACCACGAUUCCAGAUCCGAAGGACACCGGUUGAAGACAACCGCCAACAAAAUCCCAGCCUAGCAUAUCCACGCCAACCAAGUUCCGGCUCAUCACAGCCACGUCAACCCAAUGCCGCAGGUCCUCGAAUAACUCCUCUUCCUCCCCGACGCACACCUCCCGGCGCACAGUCCGGAGCCGCAGGCGCAGGCGCCGGCCAAAGACCACCUCCAGGCCAACUCCUUCUUCGACGUUCAGGACCUCCACGAAGCACAAGUCCAUCAUCCGCGCAACGCACACCUCAGAGUCUAGGCCGAGGCGGACCACCGCCCAACCGCACCGACAAACGCGUUCGCCGCAGCAACCAGCGCGCCGCCAACAAGCAGGCCGAAGAAGAGGAGGAUGAAAAUGAGCACGAGAACACCGAAGCAAUAAUAGCCAAGCAAAUCGCCACGGUCAUCGACCCGUCCCCGAACCCGACAGAGGAAAUAACCCACAUCCCAGGCAAGGACCUGUCCAUCGAGACUUUGAGGGCUGACUGGCCCAACACGCCCCUUUCCAGCACCGGUCUGACAGAAACGGUCCAGCAGCGCAUUGAAUGGCUGGCACACCGCAUCCCGCACGGCUACGACACGCCCGGACAGCUUGCGGAUCGUUACGUAAAGGGGUACCUCACGCGCUUCGAGUCUGAGGAGGAGAAGAUAGAGGUCAUUCGAUUGGCCGAGGAGAUGGCGCAGAAACGUGCGGACGAGAUCACUGAGCGGAAGAACGUCGAUAUUCAACCCAGGGAUAUGUCAUUCGAUGAUCUCGCCUCGCGGCCUGAAGAGCGUCAGGGCCUCACUGACACCUACGUAAAGGGCAACUAUCCUGAAGUCAAAAAGCAGAAGCUGCCGUUCUUGAACCAUAUCGCUGGCAAUCUAAACAACAACGCGACUUAUCAUAGUGCAGACACUAAACAGUUCAUGGAAACGAUCCAGAAACUGAUGGCUGAUGUGCAGGGAGGACGGGCUCAGAAGGAUGCUUGAGUUCUUGACCAUGACAGA